AUGCAUAUCAUAUUGACCGGCGCAACAGGCCUUGUCGGCUCUGCCACUCUCGUCGCCUUGAUGGGCAUGAAGGACAUUGCCAAGAUCUCCAUCUUGAGCCGUCGACCAGUUCCCAUGGUGGAGGCAAUCAAGGAUGAUCGUGUUGAGGUGAUUAUUCACAAGGACUUUACAAAAUACGAACCUGCACUCCUUGAGCGUCUUAGAGGGGCCAAUGGCUGCGUGUGGGCGUUGGGAGUUAGCCAGAACGACGUGCCUAAAGACGAAUACGUUCAUAUUACCAAAACAUUGACAAUCGAAGCCGCCCAAGCAUUCCAGCAACUCAAGCCCGAAAACGACAAAUUCAACUUCGUCUUUGUAUCAGGAGACGGCGCUACACGGGAGCCAACAAGAUGGACACCUCUUUUCGGUCGCGUCAAGGGCGAGGCAGAAGCCACAUUGAUGAAUAUGAAUGAAGCCAAUCCUCAUUUCCGACCGAUCAUCGCUCGUCCAGCAUUUGUCGACUCUAAGGGCCACAACGAGAUCCUGCCUUGGAUUCCACCAUCUACUUGUCUGAGGCGGUUCUCGGAGACAAUGCUGGGACCACUUGUGCGAAGUGCAAUGCCUUCAUACCAUUCUCCGACGAAUCCAUUGGGAGUGUUCCUGGCGAAGUGUGCUACUGGGUCUUUGGAUAAGGAGUUGAAAGGGGACGGGAUUGAAGUGGUUGGGGGUACUGCAACAGUUGCGAAUGUGGGAAUUCGGCGGUUGAUGAACUUGUGA